AAUUCCCCCUUAAAUGAUCUUAUCGGUUGAAAAUUUAACAUAAGAUUACUGCUCGGGGCUCUUGGUGUGCCGAUCUUGACCAUCAUUCCAUCUCACCCCAGUCGUUCUUUUCUCCAACUACAGCCUUGUCGUCACUCGUUUAGUUUCUUUCUUUCAUCCGUUGAUCUCGGUAUUCAAACACCAUGAUCAAAUUUAUUUCCUCUGCACUCUUGCUGAGUUCCCUCGCGGCGGCCAUCAGCAUCACUGAGCCCAGCGAGAACUCGACCUACGCCGCUGGGUCCACCGUGACUGUCAAAUGGAGCACCGUCGACACCGACCCAUCCACCUUCAGCCUCUUCCUCUGGAACUUCGUCUCGUGGCCUCCCACCUACGUGCCCCUGGCCUACGACAUCCCCACCACCGAUGAAUCCCACACCGUGCAGAUCCCCUGCGACACCAACCCGGAAUGGGGCUACCAGCUCAGCGCGAUCAACGGAACCAACGUGUACAUCAUCUACGCGCAGGGCGACAAGUUCAGCAUCAGCGAGCCGGCCAAGGGCAGUCACUGCGCCGACACCGACCCGGUCCCGCCCCCGUUCCCCACGGGCCCCUCGGCGACGACCUGUGACGCUACUACCGUUUACAUCACGGUAAGCCCAAGCGGUUCUACCAUCCCGCACCACAGUCAUCAUCACAAUCAUCACCAUUCCCACCCCGCACAAGCUCCAUCUGUCUCGUCCACCACUACUGCUACUGCCACCGCCGUUCCCUCCUCUUCAUCUUCUACUUCUACGUCUUCUUCUUCUCUUGCUCCCUCCACCUCCCACUACACGAAGCCUGGAAAUGUGCCUAAGACGAUUGGUUGGUGCUCAGACUACUCCCACCCCGUGACCUUGGACCACCCGCCUGCUCCCACCGACGCCCCGGUCCCGCCUGGUACAGUUGGAGAUGAUGGCUUGGUGACUGUGGUCGUUACCGCGACUGUUGCUGUGCCUGCUCCGGAGGGCGAUGAUCGGUGCGUGGCUGUUUGAAAUGGACUCCCAUUCAACACUACUAUUCCUGCCGCCGAUGGAAUAGUCUCAACUUCAUUUCCUUUAUAUCUGUAAUUAUAUCCAAGGCGCGAUGACGCUUCGGCGUCGGUGCCUAUUAUUCUGUUAAUUAUAUACUAUAUACGUCCUCACCGCGCCCUGUGGUAGUGCAUUCAAGAUCAGACCUAUAUUUCCUACCUUACAACUUGUCCUCGAGGCCUUCGGCUUAAAGCACUUGG